CUGCCAGGAAGGACGGAGGGAUACAGGAGUUAUAGAGGAGAGAGGAAAGGCAAAGAGAGAGGUGAGAGAGAGGGGAGAGGCGGAAAUAAACGAGAGGUGAGGGAGAGAGGCCAGAGAGAAAUACAUGAGGGAGAGUAGAGGGGAGGGAGACAUGGAGGAAUAAAAAAAUAAAUAGAGGAAUAUCUGAUAUAGUAAAAGGGAGAGAGUGAGAGUACUGGGUACAGAGAAGGAAGCGUGAGAGAAAAGAGGGCUGAGUGGGAUAUGUGAGUGGGCUAAGCAAAGAUUAUUAGGACAGACAGACAUAAGACAGACACAGGAUAGAACGGACAGGUUAGACUGAGGGACACUGCUGAGAAGGCAGACACGGGGCUGUAACCCAGAGAAGAGAGAGUGCAUAUAUAUAGCUGGGGGCUCUGCCAGUAUCUCUAUAAUCCCAUUGCAAGUUUUAGGGGUCUUUUUCACCCCUUGGAGAGAAUGUCAUUGUGUUCCACUGGUGUCCGGGAGUCAUCCCCUCAUGGGAACCGUACAUUCUUGCACUGCCACUCGUGGUUUGUCCCACUGAUGCUGGGUUUGGUUCUAAUUCCAGUCUGUUUCUCUCUGGAGGUUUCUGUUGGUAAGAACCCUCAGAUGAAAGCUCGCAAUGGUACGGACGUCCUCCUUCAUUGUUCCUUCUCCGCAUGCUUCGGUUUUGAGGAUGUGUACUUUUUAUGGAAUUACCAGCCUAUGAAUAGCACAUUUCCAUCUACAAUUCUAUAUAAAGGCUUUGUAAAGGACGAGAAUACAGAUCCUAAGCCUACACAGGAUCCUGAUUACCAGGUGGAAUUGGCAUUUAAGCGAGCUCCCAAGGAUUACAACAUCUCACUGCUGUUGAAAAAUGUGGAUUUUAGCAAUAAUGGCAGAUACACUUGUGAUGUGAUGAACACAAAGGAAAAGAAAGCCAAGCACAAUGCCACACUCACACUCACUGUGGUGGACAAAUUUGAAGUUGUGGAUAAUACAUUGACACUAAUCAUUGUGGCUGUGGUUGGUGGGGUUAUCGGUCUGCUUAUUCUCAUCCUUAUCAUGAAGAAAAUCAUCAGUAUUAUCCUGAAAAGAAACAGUGACACUAAGAAGGAUUGCCUUGUGAGUUCUUCUGUUAAUGACAAUACGGAGAAUGCUUCCAAACCAGGGAGCAAAGAAAAAACAAAAGCUUGAUCUCUGUGUGCUUGAGGGACCCAACGGUUGUACAUCAUUGCACACAAUAAACCUUGGGACCCCUAGCGUCUCCACCAGAACUGGGGACAGACAGAACUCAGAAUGGACACAGGGAUCAUGGACAUAUGAUCCCCUGAAGAGGCUCUGGGAGUCCUUCCUCUAAAUGACCACAAUCCAUCAGACACCCCAGCUCCUGAUGGAGUUUGUGCAUUUCAGUGCUAAAUACUUUCUCCUCUAUAUACUAUGCAUUGUAGUUAUAUAGUAUUAUUGAGUAAAAGCUCCUUAUAGCUUCACAGGGCUCUGUGUACCAAAUGCCCCCAUAAUGCUCUCUAUAUAAGGCAUGCAGAGGUCAGUUCCAUGCCGCAUAUUUCAAGGUGUCUAUACACACAUGAAUGUUUUGCACUUCAGUGGGGCACAUACAAGAACCCAUUUUUUACCUACUCAAGUGAUUAGACUAGAUUUGGCUUAGGAAUAUUCACAGAUUUGUGAGGAUGUUUGUACUAUGACAGUGAAUGAGUGCACAAGCACAGCAGCUUCAUCUGCUGGACACUUCCUCCUGGCAAGAUAUAGAGGAGCCAUGACAGGGAAAGGACAGUGAAGGGAGGUAUAAGGGACUGUAUGUUUAGCAUUAUUAUGGCAUGGAACAGACACAGGCUGAGGGGCCAGUAAUGGGAAUAGAGGCACUCAUAAAGGGGGCAGUAGAUACAGUAGAUGGGGGGGGGGGGGCAGAUAGAUACGAUAGGGGAAGGAGACAGAGGGGGUAAUAAGGCAAAUUUGGACAGACAGGAUAGUGACAAGGAAGGAGAGAAGUGACACCAAGUUGUGAUUCUGUUUUGUGACAGUAACAUUUGGAAUGUGACAGAGAAACAAAAGCAAGAGACACUGGGACAGAAUAAUGACGAAGAUAAAUAAAACAGUGACAGAAAGAAAGACCUUGGCCUCCAUUUCCACUUAUCAGAAUUUAUAUGCAAAUAAAUAUUGUGAACAAUCACA